AGAGGCGCAGAGGAAUUGAUGAAAUGACACUGGGGGGAGUAUGUAAAGGCAUGUGAAACAGCCAGCGUCAGUGACAGCGUAGACAAAGACAGCAUCAGAGUGCACGUCUGUUGUUCGUUUCAUUCAUACACACACACACACCCUCGAGCAGAUUCAGCCGAGCUGUGUGGGUGUGAGGCGGCAUGAGAAGUGAUAUCCGUGCUUCCACACAUGCAGCCAGCUGAUGGACUAACUUAAUCACAAGUGACACACACCUACUGUGCGCACACUCACUGGCACAACUUAAUUAUAGGCUCGCAGACACACUCACAACCUUCCUGGCAGGAGCAGAAGUCAACAUGGGUCUCGUGAUGGGAACCUUCUCCAUGCAGUCCAAGCAAGUGAGCUUCCACAAAGACAAAGCUGACGAUGACUUGGAGAUGACCAUAGUGUGCCAUCGACCGGAGGGCCUCGACCAGCUAGAAGCUCAAACCAACUUCAGCAAACGAGAGCUCCAAGUGCUCUACAGGGGCUUCAAGAAUGAGUGUCCGAGCGGAGUCGUAAAUGAGGACACGUUUAAACAAAUAUACUCACAGUUCUUCCCACAUGGAGAUGCCAGCACCUACGCACACUACCUGUUCAAUGCAUUUGACACGGGAAGCACAGGAUCAAUAAAAUUUGAGGACUUUGUUACAGCUUUGUCCAUCCUGCUCAGAGGUUCCAUCACAGAGAAGCUCCAGUGGACCUUUAACCUCUACGAUAUCAACAGAGAUGGUUACAUUAACAAAGAGGAGAUGACAGACAUCGUCAGAGCAAUAUACGACAUGAUGGGGAAGUACACGUACCCAGCGUUGAAAACUGAUGCACCCAAACAGCAUGUGGAUGCCUUCUUUCAGAAAAUGGACAAAAACAGAGACGGUGUGGUCACUCUUGAUGAAUUCAUCUUUUCUUGUCAGGAGGAUGAAAACAUCAUGAGGUCUCUGCAGCUCUUUGAAAAUGUCAUCUAACUAAACAACAAACACGAAGGAGAUGGAGCAACAGGUGGUAGCACAGAGCGAGAGAAGAGGAUGGAGGGAAGACGGGCAACAGUUUGCACACAAAAAAGGACAACUUGUGGAAAGAAAAAGGGAAACAAGGAGCUUUAAUUGUCAUGGGUGUUGUGAAUUUCCUCAGAAGUGCAUGAUGGGCAUCUUACUGCAACAACUCUGGGGCAACAAACCCUCACUGGUUUCAGAAAAUGUCCUUCUGUGUGCGUCCGACUCAUCUCUGUCUCCUUCAUUUGUUGCUGAUGUGACAGCUGCUGUCAUAGGACUAAGUGUGUGUGUGUGUGUGUCACACUGUAAAUAUUCUGCCCCUCCCUCGUUUGGUCUGGUGUGUUAACGGUUAUCAAGCAGGACUGAAACUCCUCGUAGCAGCUUGCAGAUGAGCCAACAAACUUGGCUCUUUAACAGCUUCAGUUUUCACGGUCGAUACAUGUGCCGCUAAAACGAGCAUUGUUGUGAGGCAUGCACAGCAGCCCAUGUCCUAUUUAAUAUUUAUUACGUAUAUUCCAGGAGAUUCUGGU